UUAAAUUUUAAAAGAUUGGUUCAUCUUUGCCUGUUCCUCUGCCUCAUUGCUCUGUUUCUUCGUCUUCUGGUUCGUCUUCACAUCAUAAUGAAAAAGAAAAUUUGUUCUUCUUCAACGCCCUCGUUCAUGCUCUCAAUAAUCUUCAUUGUGUUCUUCGUCUCCUUCGUACUCAUCACAAUGUUACUCCACAGAGAGCGUCAGCACCAACAGCAUCUUUUCUCUCUCACCACUCAGCUUCAUCAACUCAACUCAAAGCUUUCACUUUUAGAAUCCUCCAUUGAGAAGAUUAACCAUGAAUUGCAGAGUAAGGAGGAUGAUGUUGCUCAAAUGGAGAAUGUGAUUUUGGAGCAAGAAAAUAUUGCACCCAUAAAGAAUACGAUGGAUUCUAUUCAGCCAAAAGGUUCUGAAGAAGGCGAGAUGAGGGGACCAGAUUCUCCAGAUAUUGAGCCUGAGAAGCAGGAUUUUCAAGGUUGGCUUCCUGAGUAUCAAGAUGUCAACUUAAGUCAUUUUCAGUCUUUCAUAUUGGCUGAGUGGAACAACUAUUGGAGGCCAAACUUGGACAAGUGCUUUCAAAUGAUCUUCUUGAAAAUGUCUCAAGUGCUAAGGGAUGCUGGCCUUUGCAUUGAAAUGGUUAAGACUGAGUGGAUGCCAUUCUUGAAGAAUCAAGUGUACACGUUCAAAUCCAAUCUUAAGUCUCACUAUGAUAUUCUAAGUGCUGAAACUGUUGAGGCCUAUAAAGCGUCCAAGAACCUUUUACUAUCAAAUUUUGUCAAGUUGCAAAGAUCAGCCACCCCCUUCAUGCAGGAACUGAUACCAGUUUUGAAGCAUCAUGUGCUGAAUUUCAUAUAUAAUCUCAAGUUUCACUUUGACUUUAUAAGGCUGGUAUAGAUAAAUUUACAUACAAAUAUUUGCCCCCUUUUUUUUGUAUAUAAUUAUUAUAUGGUGGAAAUUUUACCAAUAUUGUCUUGUAAAUCUUGACAGGAGAUGUACAAUUAUGCUAAGCCUUAUAUGAAUCAAAUUGCAACCAUGGCAAAGAUUUACUUUGAUACAACACUUGUGAUCCUUGGAAUUAUAGUCAAGAAAAUCAUUAUACUAUUUCAUGACUUGUGGAAUGGCUGAAAGGCUCUCAUUCUAUGGUGUUUGGAGGGUAUAUAUCUAGCUAGAUUUUGUUAUAAUGCAUAUAACAUGAUACAUUAAAAGAAUCUUGAUUACAUGGAUGAGCCAUUAUAUAUUUUGGUUGCCAAGUGAUGGGUACUUUCUCUCAUUUUAUUAGACAAAGAUUCAUGAAUUGACCCUAUGGUUGAUACACUUGAAUUGAUCAUCCAAAUUUGUGUGAAGCUAAAAUUUUAGGAUCAUUCCUUAA